ACUCUCAGUUGUAAUAAUAAGGCGGCGUUGUUUAUCCAAAGAGAAGGGGCUGGACAUAGUCUGGAUUGUGAGCCAAAUUUUUUCUUUACUUCCAUUUCCUCCACUUCAACAAACGUCCAGGAGAACACGGACCGCAGCGUCGAGCGUCCAAGGUCGACUGCAGUGGCCGCCCCCGUCCCGCUGCGGACCCCGGCAGAAAGUAUCGGAGUUGUUGAGGCUUAGUGAACGGGCUGAUCGGACGGAAAGCUGGCGGAAAACUGAGUUGAACCGAAUGUCAUUAUGUUUAAUAACCCGGGGACAUACGCCAACAAGAAGAGGAAGAAGCCCGUCCUCAAGCAGAAGAAGGCUGCUGAAAGUAAUGACGUUGUUAAAUCGAACCCUUCAAAGCGCCACCGGGAUCGGCUAAACGGGGAGCUGGACAGACUGAUGGAGCUCCUCCCCUUCCCUGACGAGGUUCGCUCCCGUCUGGACAAACUCUCAGUCCUGCGCCUCAGUGUGGGCUACCUGAGGGUCAAGAGCUACUUUAAAGCAUCCAUAAAGAACACUAAAUGCAGUCAGGUGUAUCCUGGGGUGAAUAUGGACUCCUUUGGCUUCUCAGAAGGAGAGCUGCUGCUCCAGGCGCUGAACGGCUUUGUGUUGGUGGUCACAUCUGAAGGAAUGGUGUUCUACGCGUCUCCUACGAUCAAAGAUUACCUGGGCUUCCAGCAGUCAGAUGUGGUCCACCAGAGUGUGUUUGAGCUCAUCCACACUGAUGAUCGAGCCAUGUUCAGAGAGCAGCUCCAUUUUGCUUUAAACCCUCCUCCAGUUGCCUCAGAUGCAGACUUCUCGCAGAGCUGCGGUACUGUAAUGAUGUACAAUCCUGAGCAGCUCCCUCCUGAUAACUCAUCCUUCCUGGAGAGAAGCUUUGUGUGUCGCUUCCGAUGUCUCUUGGACAACUCCUCCGGCUUCCUGGCCCUGAAGUUCCACGGGCGACUAAAGUACCUCCAGGCUCAAAACGUUUCCAGGGACAGUGAGACUUGUAAAAAGGUCCAGCUGGCUCUGUUUGCCAUUGCUAUGCCCGUUCAGCCUCCAUCCAUCGUGGAGAUCAGAGCCAAAAUGCUCCUCUUCCAAACAAGGCACAAGCUGGAUUUUACACCCACAGGCGUCGAUAGCAGGGGGAAGAUCAUUCUGGGUUACUGUGAGACUGAACUGUGCAUGAAGGGCUCAGGCUACCAAUUCAUCCAUGCUGCUGAUAUGAUGUACUGUGCUGACAACCACAUCCGCAUGAUUAAAACAGGAGAGAGCGGUCUGACUGUGUUCAGACUUCUCAGUAAGUCUAAUGGCUGGGUGUGGGUGAACUCCAACGCUAAGCUCAUCUACAAAGGAGGAAGACCUGAGUUCAUCAUUGCAUACCAGAAAGCUUUGACCAACGCUGAAGGAGAGGAGUAUCUGCGGCAGCGACGAUGUCAGCUGCCCUUCAGCCGUGCCACUGGAGAGGCCAUCCUCUACAACACAGGCCCCACCAUGGAUCUCUUCCACUUUCAGUUUGACAAAAUGUUUGACAGCAAGGACACCAAGAAGGACAUGGCCCCUGCCUCUUUGCUGGACUGCUUCCUGAGACAGGAUGAAACCAUCUACACCCAGACAGUGGAUACCCUACCUGUGGACCAGGUGUUUAUGGAUAGCCACGCUUUGGUCAGUGUGGCCAGCGAUGAGUGGCAGGAGAACAAGUCCACAAUAGCUGACCCUUUGCUGGUGAAGGGGGAGGCCAGUCAGUCAGUGAUAGCUGUGAUCGACACCCUGGAGAAACUGACACAAAGCGGAGACUUUGAAGAUGUUUUGGGAAAUGUGGAGAUAGAUGAUGUUGAGCUGAUGGAGUGGGAAAAUUGCUUUAAGAGAUUACACCAGGAAGAGGAUCCACCAGGAAGUGCUCGGUUGGACCUGGACAACUUCAUCACUGAUGAGAUAAUAGACUUUAUUGACUCUGUGUUCAAGGAGAGGGGAGAGGAGUGCCUGAACAACCUCACCUUCAGUUGCCUGAAAGAAGUUAACAACUUCUCAUCCUCUGAACUGUGUGAGCCGCAGCUGUUUCUGACUCAGAGUCCUGAUUGUUCUUACUCCCCAGUGAACGGCCUCUACGCGCACCAUGAAGAAACAGUCAACAGAGCGGCGAUUCCUGGGCAAAGCCUGGCCCAGUCUGCUCCGAUUGGCAACAGGAACCAGAAAUUCGCCCACCAGGACCCUCUUCACAGUGACAGCAGUCUGCCACCUCUUCAGCAGCUGCAGCUGGAUGACAUUUUCAUCCCAUCUAUUGAGCUCCCACAGCUCACUGUACCAAAUAUCUCAGUGAAUGAUGCCUUCCCUGCUCUUCAGUCUUGCCAACAGGUAUCCAUCAGGCAAGCAAGCUGCUCUCAGGGUGGUUCUGUUCUGGCCCAGCAGCCGAAGAAGCUUCUGCAGCCACAAAACAGUCUGGAGGUACCUGGACUAACAGAAGCUGGGCAGAUGCCACAAAGUUCUGCUCAGCAAAUGAGCAACACAGCAUCUGCGGUACAAAACAUUCUGCCGCCCACGAUUCCCUAUAACAAGUUCACUUCCUCAAACACCUCCACAGUUCCUGGUGGACAUCAUCCAGAGUUCCUGCAGAACAGCAUGAUAUUUAAAAACCACAAUGCUCCUCUUCAGCAGUGGCCUCAGAGCCAGCAGCAGAAGCUGCCACAUGCUGGCAUCGUGCAGAAUGGGCAUGACAUGACGUGCACAUUCCAGAGCCAAAAUUCAGGGAACCAAACAUUCCCAAGAGCUGGCUUUUGUCCAAGCAGUGUCACCAGACUGAACCACAUAGAGCAGGGGGGACUGGCAGGCAGCCAGACAGCCCCUCACAGCAGCUGCAUGUUUGAGCAGACCUUCUCCUCCCAUCUAACAGGAGUAAACAUUCUGUCUCACUGUGGACCUUCAGACCUCAGUGAGGCCAGUGUGUCUUUGGAUCAGAUUCCUCGCCAAGGUUUCAGCAGCAUCCAGUGGAGCAGCAGUGAGCUUCCAGUUGGCACAUCAGCCAUCAACCAGGAGCUCGCCCCCAUCAGGCCUCUGACUGUGGCCCCAAGUAUGGGCGCUGCACAGGACUCCUGCAACAUGCAGCACUACCUUGACAGCAACAGAGAGACAGCAGAGCCACAGAGGCUCCACUCAGGGUCGUGGAGUUUUCAGUCCUGCCAUCAUGGAGUAGAGCAGAACCUCGUCCAUCCGCCACAGGAGGACACACCCUCAAGUCUACUUUAACUAUAUCAGUGCUUAUCCAUACUGCAUAUGUUGUAAUAUUAUAUAUGUGUUUUAUAUUUCUUUUUUCAAUUAUAUAUGUGCUGUUCUCUCUGCUUGUCAGCUGUUGCUUUAGCGAUGAUAUACAGUAAUAACAAUGAAGUAUGAAUCUACAAGUGUGUUUACCAGGAUGGAGCCAACCAAAGAUGUUUUUAUAAGGGAAACCUGAGCUCUGUCCAACACAUCUGAACUUGAUGUUUUUAAAUGAAAUCACUAAAGUUUUUCUUAAAGAAUUAGUAAUCUAUGUAAAAACUCUUGAGCUGUGCCUUCACAUUAAUAAGAUACCAUUGUGCCUUUUUUAGAUUUAGUUGUUACAUCCGAAUGUCUGCUUUGGCUCUUGAAACCCCACACGUGUACAAUGCAUCAUCAUAUGUUCAUAUGUGCGCAGUAAAUAUAAAUACACUUUUUGGGGAAAUGUUUCUAGGGAGAUCUGACAUUUACACAUAAGCAUCAAUCAGGCGAGCAUUCUCCUGCACUUGGCACCUAAUCCAUUAGCACAGAUCUGCUGUGCACCUUACUUUACCAGUCUUGUGUCGUCUUAUUAUGUACGUUAAAGCCUAAGUCACGUGCACAUCUGUAACAAGCUAAUAACCAAAGCCGCAUUCCAAACCCACGGCUUGCCUGUUUCAAAGGAUGCAGGGUCCCAAACAUUAUUACAUAUCUGUUUUAUUUCAGCGGUUUCUGUGACAUGCAGUGGAUAUGUCCAGCAGAUUCAUUCAUAGCCAUCGGUUUGCCUAAAUGUACAUUUUUAUUUCAUGUAAAAAAAUACUUAUCACCUGAAAAAGGCAAAUGUAGUAGAUGCUUCAGCCGAAGAGAAUUAUUGAACAGCUUAUAAUGUACAGUUCAUGGGUGUCCUUACCUUGUAUUUGAUCCUCAUACCCUGUUACACAAACUGUUGUAACCACUAUCUGCUGUAAGACCUGAACUGAUACCUUACGGAUGGUUCUUAAAUUCUAAUACCAAACACAACCACUGUAUCCGGUUUCAACAUACAAAGAAACACAAUUUCUCCCAUAAGUCAAUAUAAAGUCAAAUACAAAAUCUGUCAGAUUCAUCAGAUUGUUGUUCCAAACAUCCUUAUGGGGCGUCAGAAUAACUUUUGCCUAUCCAUGUUUGUUGCAUCAGAUGCAUUUCUAAAACUAUAGAAAAGAUAGUCAUUGUUGUUGGAAUAAUUGUAUAUAGAUUUAUCUUACAUUUCCUCUUUAUUACCUUUGCUAUUUGACCUUUAUAACCUUUCAUGCUGUAAGCAAACAUGUGAUGAGUUCUUUUGCAGGCAAGGAGUAAAGGUGAAAGAGGGAUGAUGCAAUCACAGUUGGGGACUCAUCACAAGGAUAACAGCUGAUCGUGCUGAGCAAGGGUCGCACAUAUCUUAAGAUUAUGGAGACAAUGCAAGUGUGUUUGUACAAGUUAAUGAUGUGCAUGAUCUAUGUCACGUUGCUGCUGUUUAUUUCCCACCCUUUAGAGCAGCAACGUUCAUGUAACUAGGGACCACCUUAAAUAAAAAGAGGAUUUGGCGAGAUGUGUUUCAGAGCGGUAGGAGAUUUGUAACUGAAGCACAUCUCUGUCCAUUCUCCUCGCAGCGAGUAAGAAACUAA